AUGAUAGGACGGAGUACCUUUGACGACCGCUUUAAUCUCGCAUUGACUGAGUGUCUGGAAACUAUUAAAAAAGGACUAGAACAGACAGCAUCGGAACUCGCCUCUUGGAAUAAAUUUCAAGCCUCCGUCAUCAAAAUUUGCAAAGAAAGGUCCCUUUUAAAAGACGACGAUGGGAGGCAAUUCGAACAGAAAGUUUCUCUGCGGCGGAUGUUUGGAAAGCAAGGGUCCAGUGGAAUGAUUCAAUAUCUGGAGAGACUGUAUCGGGAUUACAAGCUUGACAAAUUAUUCUCACCGAUAGCCACAGGACAAGACACCUUAGCGGACUUUAGAUUCCCUCCGGAAUGGUAUCCUGUUGCUCGGAGCAUGCAGAGGAAGAUCCACCUCCAUGUUGGGCCCACCAACUCGGGGAAAACUUACCAUGCCCUUCAAAAGCUGGAAAAGGCAAAGAGUGGCUUCUACGGUGGCCCGCUACGUCUUUUAGCACAUGAGAUAUACACUCGUCUAAACAAGAAGGGCAUCUCAUGCGCUCUGAUCACUGGCGACGAGGUUAGAGUCCCAGAAGGCGACCGUGUAACGAUUUUCAGCAACACUGUGGAGAUGGUGCCCAUUGGCCAAGAGGUCGAGGUUGGGGUUAUUGACGAAAUUCAAAUGAUAGCGGAUCCAAAUCGCGGGUGGGCUUGGACUCGAGCUGUUCUAGGGUGUCAGGCUAAGGAGUUACAUCUUUGUGGUGAGGAGAGAGCUGUUCCGUUAAUUCGACAGCUCGUGUCGUUGAUGGGUGAUACGCUUGAAAUUCAUAAUUACAAGCGACUUAAUCCCUUAAAGACAAUGACGUCAAGUUUAAAAGGUGAUAUCAAACGCCUAGAGAAGGGGGACUGCGUUGUAUCGUUUUCUCGUGUCGGCAUUCACGCCCUAAAACAGGAGAUCGAGAAGGCAACUGGCCGAAGGGCCGCCAUCGUCUAUGGAAGCUUGCCAGCAGAAAUCCGUGCUCAGCAAGCGGAUCUAUUCAAUGAUCCCGAUAAUGACUACGAUUUCCUUGUCGCGAGUGACGCCAUCGGCAUGGGGUUGAACUUGAGUUGUAAACGAAUCAUAUUCGACUCAGUAAUGAAGCGAUUACCAACAGGCAUCCGGCAACUCUCGGUAUCUGAAGUUAAGCAAAUAGGGGGGAGAGCUGGAAGAUACCGCAGUGCAGCUCAAUCAUCUAACUCUUUCAGCAACAAGAAUGGAAAAGAUAAUAACGAAAACGUCGGCCUUGUAACGUGCCUUGAAGAGGGCGACCUUCGAUACAUCCGAGAAGCAAUGAUGACUGAGGCUCAACCUCUGGACGCCGCCGGGAUUCUUCCCUUGGAUUGUGUGGUCGAGAGAUUUUCAAACAUGUUUCCUCCUGACACACCAUCUGGCUAUAUUUACAAGCGCCUAGAACGAGUUUCCCGCACCGACUCGCCUUUCUUCAUGUGCCAACCCCAAGAUACAGAGGCCACCUUCGGCCUCCUUGACGAUAUCAAAGGACUUAACAUGGUGGAUAAAAUGGUCUUUAUGAGCGCGCCUUUACGUGCCACCGAUCCUGUCAUGGCAAUAGUUAUCAAGGCAUUUGCGGAGUGUGUUGGUCAGAAGAGGAGUGGGGCACUUCUCGACAUACCAGAAUUAGAUCUUGAGAUCCUGGAUAAACCCGUCUCGGGAGACGAUAAAGAAUAUCUACGAUCUCUAGAGGCCCUCCAUCGUUCACUUAUUCUUUACCUCUGGCUAGGCUAUAGGUUUGGUGGUGUGUUCGUUGACAGAACCUUGGCUACCCACGCCAAAGAAAUGGUAGAGGUGAAGAUGGAUCGCACUUUAACGGAAUUCUCAGCCAAUUCUAAACUUCGGAAACAAACCCUUUGGAAAAGACGGCUCAAAGCAGCUAAGGAGAAGUUUAUAUCUACCCACGCCGAGGAGCCCACAGGUAUCGUCGAUUCGAUAUCCGAUACCCCUGAGCUAGAAGAGACCCCUGAACAACUCGGGUCUUCUUCGGGGACGGUAGUCAUGGACCACCCUAUGGACAUACCCGAGCCUGUAGUUACGAGCGCGUCCUAA